GUUGUACUGUGCUGCAUCGCUUGCUUGCGCUCGUGAACCAUCUCAUGCAAAGUGGAAUAAUACUGAUUCGCCGGAGCGGUUAUCUGUCGACCUGCAGCGCCGGCUUCCGGCUUCCAGCGUCUCCCUUCUCGGCGGACACGCAGCAGCCACCUACGCAAGACGCAGGGCACACUCGACAGGGGAAAUGCAGAGGCAGACCCUUCUUCUCCUGGCCCACGAUUGCCGUGCCACCUGCUGCUCUCAACUGCGUUUGCGGGCUCGCGGCGAUUGCAGCCGAUCCCAGCCAAGCUGCCAGGCACCGCCUUCGACAAGCGCGCCGCGGCCCUGUGACGUCAACGCAGGUUGCCGACCUCUAGCCACCAUACAAACGCAGCAAACGGCCGCAUUUCCAAUGUGCGACUCCAAGCCCACGACGCCUGAUUGCGCGCCGACGACGACUGCUCCCGGCGCCUGUUUCGCGCCAUGGAGAACCUCGACAAGCUCACCGCCGCCGGCCUGCCCAUCUUCGACCUCGACCAAGAGAGCCUGGAGCGCAAGGACUGGUCCGAAUCGCCGCUCGGUCCCCGUGAUUCCUGGCCGACCGCCCUCACCGUCCUCGUCAACUCGUGUAUCCUCCCGAUCCCGCACUGCGCCGCCAUAUUCUGGGGAGCCGACCUCUCCAUCGUACACAACCUGGCCUGGGGCAAGGCGCGCGGCGAUCUGGAUGGCCUGGGCGCAAGCGCCGACGACUCGUACUCGCAUGAAGCACUCGGCGCCCUGAGAGGCGCCCUUCGCGGCCGGACGGUCAAGGUAGCGAGUAGAUUCUUCCUAAAGCACACGCCGGACCAGACCGAGGACGCCCAACUGCUCCUGAGUACCAUACUGGAUGAGCGGGGAAAACGCCAAGGUGUGCUUGCGCAGCUGUUAGAAAAUGUGGCAGCAGAGAGAUAUGUGCCGCUGUCCCUUCUUGAGGAGCUCUCGGAGAAGCACCCGGCACGCAGGACCAAGGAUUCUGCAGCACAACAACCAGAUUCGUAUCCAGGCAAGGAGCAGGCCGACUCGAAACAGACGCAGCUUUUCCAGCGAUUUGCUGAGCUGCUUCCCAAUGGACUCGCUAUUCUUGACAAGGAGGCCGAGGCCGUAUUCGUAAACGAUGGCUUCUUCAAGCUCACCACCAACAAAGGGAAAAAUGAGUUCCGCGCGUGGCCCGAAAGCAUACAUCCCCAGGACUACGAGCGCGUCAUGUCGGCCUAUCGCGAGGCCUUUUCUCGACGGGAAGAGCUUCGCAUAGAAUUCCGCUGCGCCACCGAAAUCAAAACAACGGCCCAGGAUGGAGAAUGGAGGUUGUUCCUCUUCAGGCCACUUAGCGAGGAUCCCGAGGCAGGAUUCAUAUGUGCUGUUGUGGAUAUCACCGAGAUCAAGCAGGCUGAGAUUACUCAGGAGAAGGCUGCUGUCGAAGCCCAAGAGCGAAAGGAGCAACAAGAAAGGUUUAUAGAUAUGGUGUCGCAUGAAAUUCGCAAUCCGCUCAGUGCCGUUUUACAUUUGGCAGAAGAGGUCAAAGAGGUGGCGAAAGAAAUAGAUGCCAGUCAUGCCGAUGUUAGCGAACAGGUUGCCGACAUCAUGGACGCGGCCGACACCAUCUUGCUCUGUGUCUCUCAUCAGAACACCCUGGUCGACGAUAUUCUUUCCUUUUCGAAGCUGGACUCAAUGAUGCUUUCCUUAGUACCUAGAGAAGUACGGCCCAAGUGGGAAUUCUCCAAAGCGCUUAAGGUCUUCCAUUCCGAGUUCAAGGCGAAAGGCAUCCAGUUCCACUACGCAAUGGACGUAUCCUACGAGGCGAUCGGAGUUGAUCAUGUGAUUGCCGAUCUGAACAGGAUGAAACAAGUCCUAGUCAACUUGAUCACAAACGCUAUCAAGUUCACCGCAAGAAAGGACGGUGAGCGAAAAAUCACGGUUUCCAUGGGUGCGUCCAUAAAGCGGCCCACCUCCUACCCGCCAAACGUGAUUUUCUUUGAUCAAGAAACGGAAGCCUUCCAUAUUGACUCUACAAUGACUGCCGACUGGGGAAACGGUUCUAUCUUCUACCUCAUGGUGGCAGUAAGAGAUACCGGCAUAGGCAUUAGCCCAGAGGGUCAGGCCAAGCUAUUUGAGCGAUUUAGACAAGCCACGCCAAAGACGCAAGAGAGAUAUGGAGGAUCCGGGCUAGGUCUCUUCAUAUCCCGCAAACUAUGCCAGCUACAUGGAGGAGACAUAGGAGUCAGCUCCAAAGAUGGUGAAGGCUCUACCUUCGGUUUCUUCUUUAAGGUACGCCGAUCGGACGGUUCGAACGAGGGAGGUCGGCCGCCUUUUGGCUCUCGCAGCGUCUCAGAAACCUCCAACCCCCCUCGCGAACAAACGCCGCGCCCGUCGUUUAGUCGCGCAAAUUCUAACUUGCACGACAUCAAAGAGAGGUCAAUCGAGCAUCGACCAAAGCCUGUGACGCUCACGAGCCACGACGGCGUCGAUAUAGACGACGUGGCGAGUUGCCUCAAAGACCCGCCAACGGAGAGACGCCUAGAGAUCGGUUCCCAAUCUAAAUUAGACGACCGCUACCGCGAGACACAGGCCGUCUCGGACCAGAUACAACAGACACAUUCGCCGUUAGUAGAGGCGAUAGAUAAGCAAAUGCCCCAGCUGAAGGCGGGCGAGACGGAGCGACAAGAGGAGGCUGCUGAUGAUCUUUCCAAGUCGCAAAGCAAAGAGCGGUCUGAUGUACGCGACACUCUUCUCCUCGUCGAAGAUAAUCUCAUCAACCAGAAGGUGCUUAGGCGCCAGCUCCAAGCCAAGGGCUUCGAGGUGUUCAUUGCUAAUAACGGACAAGAGGCAAUUGACGCCGUCGCAGAGCGCGGGAAGCUGGCGCCGGACAAGGCCGGUGAUCGAAACUACUUUGAUUGCAUAUUAAUGGAUCAAGAGAUGCCGAUCAAAGACGGGAACGCAGCCACAAUCGAGAUUCGCGAAUUGCAAGCGCGGGGCGAAGCUGGAAGGAGUCCUAUAUUGGGUGUCAGUGCGAACGUGAGAGAGGCUCAGACCAAGUCGAUGCUGGAAGCAGGUAUGGACGCUAUAAUAAGCAAGCCGUAUAAGGUGGAUGAUUUGGUGAAGAAGAUUCAGAGUCUUCUCCCCAGAAAUGACAACGGUUGAUGUAGGGAUGGGGAUGCGUGGAUGGACGUUCAUUGCAUUGGUGUUUGGGUGGGGGAUCUGGGCGCAUAUUAUGAGCGGAAAAAGAGUUCAAUAUCCCCCUUGUAAUGAUCACCGUAUUUUAUAGACU